UCAGUCAAGGCCAGCUCCAGUCACUCGCCAGCCGCCAUCUGCUGCUGGCGAGUAGGUCUCCACGAGGUCUGCCGCCGUCGGGCACUGCUGCGCGGCGUCCUCGCCAACAACACUGCACUCGACACACAGACACACCACACACAUCCCCUCCCUCCCAUGAAUGACACGGUGCACCCAUCCAUCUCCUUAAUUGCCAAUCAAUAUCGUUCAUGGUGGCCAUGACCUGGUCCAUGCUCAUGAACAGCCUGCGGGGGGUGUUGUUGUUCAUGCGGUCUCUCACCCAGCCGGCCCAGUCGCGUUUCUUGUAGUCAUAGUCAUCGGCGUUGAUGGUGUAGUGGGCGAGAAUGAGGGACACGUACGCCACCUGAUCGAUCGGUCAAUUGCACGCACUCAGGCGUAUGUGGGUGGUUGAGAGUGAGCUGUCGAUCGAACUGACCACCGAGAGGGGCGGCUGGUCCGUGACGGGCAGGUGCUCGUCGCCUGAGAGACGGAAGACACAGGGCCACGUGUGUGGUGUGUAUCCAUGUCUCUCUCCCCCCUCGCCCCCGUCUGCCUUUCUGUGUGUGUGUCUGCUCACAUCUGUAGGUGAACUGGUCCAUAAUGUUCGUCGCCAGGCAGAGGUACUUGUCGUCGAGGCGCAUGACGUUGGCGGCGUCGAGCAGCCUCUCGACAGGGCAUUCCACCACUCCGAGCGACUCGACAGAUACUGGCGCGGCAGCACAAACGCCUAAGGGCACACGUCACACCACAUCACACAGCAGCACAGUUCAGUUGGUUGUGUGUGUUGAUGCGCCGGGUGCUAUGGCCGUAGGUCAGUGAAUGGGAUGUCCGUACCUUGACUUGGGGUAUGCAGAUUUCCUCGCCGCCCUUCUCGGCAGCCGCCAUCUCUUCGUCCAGGGCACGUGGCGCCACCAUCUGCUGCUGGGCGGGCUCAGGCGAGUAGGGUGGUGGCUGGACCAACACACACACACACACAUACACACACGUGUGUAGUAUGCAGAUUGGCGGACUGUCUGGCAAAACCGGCUGACCUCGCAUGGCGAAACCGGGCAGACUUUCUUGUUGUGCUUUUGCUGCUGCGACUGCUCUGGUGGCGUCUUGUGCCCGUAGGUGGCGGUGCCCAGGUGAAAGCGGCCAGCCGUAGCCCAACGCUCAACGAAACUCGCCUGACAGGUGCAACAAAACGUCAUAUGUGGGUGUGGUGGGGUGUUCUUCUCCUCGCCCGUGUGUGAGUCUGUGUGUGUAUGGGCGAUGACUCGCGGGCUCACCAU